CCUUGGUGUUGUUCGCAGGAAUAUUCACUGACAACUUGCGAGAGCAUCGUCAUCGAGGUGCGGCCACGAUUUCUCACACCGUUUACGACAAAUGUCUCGCCAGGGAAACAUCGAACGACGAGAGAAACGUUAAAUACAAUUAGAAUAGUCGAUGCGAUGACCGUUGCACGGAAAUUUUAAUCCAAUUCGGAACAUCUUUCGGGUGGCCGGUCAGGCAGCCAAAGGAAAAAGGGAACGACGGGACAAAACAGCUGGUUACCACCGACGGAACUAGGCGAAAAGAAGAAUGUUGCGUAUUGUUAAUACCGCUGUCCGGGAUAUCGUUUCCCGCACGAAACUUGCUCAUUUAGCUACUUCCCUGAUUUCUAAACAGUCACUUGUUACACAAUGCGUGCAGCAAAGAUUUUUUGGAGCGUUCUCUUCAACCAUUAAUAAUUGGAGCAAUGUUAGCAAUAUCAAGAGAAGUGAUAUAUUCGGUCAGGCACAGAUUAACAAUGUUGUCCCUCUGACAUUAACGCCUAAUACCACUCCUGUAAGAACAGUUAUAAAAUACUCGAGACACAAAGGCAAAAGGAAAACUGUAAAGCCUGUGGUUGAAAGAUUCUACAGAUUGAACUGGGGUAUAUGGAUCAGGACCCGCGCUGGACGUCAUAAACGUCUAUGGAAAAAGUCUGGAAAAUUGAAACAUAAAUAUAAAAUGCACGUCUUCUGUAAUGCCACGCAGUCGGCAAUGUUAGACAAAAUGGUGACCAAGUACUGGAAAAGACCGCAUUAUUAUGUAGACGAUCCUUAUAACCCCUAUCAUGAACGCGAAGAGUUUCCUAUUACAAGGAAGAAACCACGACUUUUCCCUUAGAAAUACUUGUAAAUCUUGCUAGAAGAGUCUGUUUUAAGAGAAAAUAAAAUAAUUCACUUAAUCCUAGA